AUGUUGCUCCAAAAUCUCAGAGUCAUUCCCAUAAUAGGAUCUUUCGUGGACUCGAUACUCAUCCCUUUCAUUAGGCACGCCCAAUCCUACCUUCAGUCUUUGCAGCGACCGAGUGUACUUCGCGCCGAUGUUGCACAGUCGCAGAAACGCACAAUAGCCACCAGGCUUACAACAAUACCCCAACGCAUGCCCAACAACGCUUGGGAUUGCCAUAUGCACGUCACGUCACCAGAAUACCCACUUGCUUCCAAUGCCGCCUACACGCCCUCACUUCAUAAUCUACAGCAUGCGAUGAGCUUCGAGAAGACUAUUGGAAUAUCGAACAUUGUCCUGGUUCAGCCUUCCAUCUAUGGCAACGAUAAUUCAUGUCUUCUUGAUGCCCUCAAAGCUCUCGGGCCAGCUCAGGGUCGAGGUGUUGUAGAGGUCGACCCAGAUACCAUUGAACUGUCCACACUCGAAGAAUGGCACCAACUUGGAGUCCGGGGCGUUCGUCUCAACUUGAAGUCAAGAGAUGCUCAAUUCACCGAAGCAGCGCUCGAAGAUACUUUGAAGCGCUAUGCAGCAGUCGUGAAGCCACUCGACUGGGUUUUAGAGCUCUUCAUUGGCAUGGAAGCACUUCCGAUACUCGAGCGCGUCGCAGGCGACCUAGGCGUACGGCUAUGUCUUGCGCAUUUUGGCGCCCCGAAAUUGCCAAACCCUGGGAAAGCAACGUAUCCGCUCGAUCCAUACGAACUGACGGGUUUUGAUUCUCUAGUCAGGCUACUACAAGGCGGGAACACAUGGCUGAAGCUAUCGGCAGCAUAUCGCUUCGAUACAGAUUCCGAGAUGCGUGGAGUGGAGGCUGUAGCAUACGAACUGCUGAAGAAAGCUGGCAGUCAGAUCGUAUUUGCGUCUGACUGGCCGCACACGCGAUUUGAUGGGCUCGAUGUGCGGCCCUUUGUUGAUCGGUGUUUACAGUGGACUGAGGCCGCUGGGUUGACAGAAGAGGUCUUUUGUCGGAACGCACAGGUCCUUUGGGAUGUAAAGCAAUAAUUUAUAGCUAAAUUCAUGAAUGAAAUAAUGACAA